AUGCCUCUAGCCGUGGAAGGUGCCUUCUGUGAACCGUUGUCCGUCGCCGCCACGAUGGAAACGCCCGGGAAAAAACGCAAACGAAAUGCGGAAACGAAUCCGUUUUUAAAUUUUACCGACCAAACGUUCAGCAUUCCAUCCUCGACGCCCAAACACUCGCGCCAGAUCGAUGGCAGUGCGUUCGAGAAUCCUUCAUUUCGGGCUGGCAACAAGGAGAAUUAUAAUAUCUUCUCCGAUUCCUGUAUGGAGGUGAAAUCGAUCGCGGAUCUGGCGGCCGGUAAUCGAAACGGAGUGGUAGCGGGUACGAGCGAGCUGAACCCAUUCGAGGUCAUCCGCAAACCACCGAAGAAGAAGAAAAAACAGCACGAGUCCGGGCUCGAGGAGAGCUGCUUUGAGAAUCCGUGUCUCAAUUUGGCCGCGGCCGAUAAGAAACCGGUCAAUCCGUUCGAGGUGGUACGCGAUGGCGAAGAGACCAAGCGACAGGAGGCGGAAGAUAUGAGCCGUUGCUUCGUCAACAGUGCCCUCAACAUCAGGAAUGUGGAAGUAGCGGCACCGCAGCAACAGCAACAGCAGCAACCGUACAAUCCGUUUGAGAUUGUGCGCUCGAAGGAACAAGCGCCACCAGCAGCACCGGAAAGUCAACGACCUGUACCGGAUCUGACCGGCAUCGAGAAUCCAGCGCUGGAAGUGCCAACGUAUGCGAUCGCCGUUCCCUUUACUCCAUCGCUGAAACAUCGGAUCAACUUCCAGGAGUUACCGGCCAGCGCUCUGACCCCGUGUCAUCUGAUGGCCAGCAUGGCCGUAUGCAGUCCCAUCCAUGGUCGCCAGCUUAAGGAAGUGUUGGCACUGGCGGAACAGGAAACACCGAAACGGAAUGUGACGAUUACGUUGGCGAAAAGGCGAUCGUUGUCGGUCAUUAGCGAAGAGUCGGACAUUGGCGAGAAGCUGGAUUGCUACCAACUGGAGCUGGAGAAUAGUAUGAACGAAGCGAAGGCCAAGAGACAGCAGGCGGCUGGUGAAGGAGCAACAGCGGCAGCCGCAGCGACGACGCCACUCUUUACCUACAGUGGCACCGGUCACCGUCGUCGUUCCGUCCGUCGGAGCCUGAUCGAUAUGAAGCACAUCAGCAAUCUUUCGCUGAAGUUGCGCGAACUGGAGGACGAAGAGGCUGAUGUGCGGCGUCUGGAGGAACCGGUCGAUAAGGAACCGGAUGAAGAGGAGGAAGAUAAGGAAAACAAACAACCGUUAACGGAGGAGGCCUCGGCCAAUGAACUGAAGGUAGAAAAGACUGAGGAAUCGGCGGAGAAACAAAGCGACGAGCUAGCACCAAACGAACAACCAAACAACCAAAUCACUUUCACGAUUACCAAAGAGACGACGGUGCGCGAGGAGAUCCGGAUCGAUGUGUCCAAUCCGGACGUGCAGUUCGAGGAGGUGGACGAUUUCGAAGAUGAAGAGCAAGACGUGGAGCUGAUGCACAAUCCGGCACCGUUCCAGCGUGCCUAUCGCAAGAAGGAACCGUUGGUGGAGCAACCCCGGUCCUUGGCUGCCGGCGGAGAUGAUUUCAAAUGUCCGACCAGCGUACCGGAGGGUGGGAAAUCGCACAAAGUGCGCGAUGCAAUCCGCCGAAGCUUCCGUCGGUUGAUACCACGACAUCAGUCGGCGACGGUUUCGAGUGAGGAACCCAAGGCGAAGGAUGCAGAUCAUGAGGAAGGUCAUGGACAUGGCCAUGGCCACGGAUUGAUAUCGAGUAUCCGGCACAGUCUGAGACGUCGGCAACCGAAAGCAGCGUCCAGUGAGACCGUCGAGGGAACGAAGAAACAGGAAGGAACAUCGGAUGAAUCACCACUGGAGAUGUCCAUUAUAGCGGAGCAACCGAGGGCCGUCUACCGUCAGCCGGCACUGAACGAGUACAAACCGAUUGCGGCCAACCCGGCCGGGGCCGUUGGUUCCACUCUGCGGAGCAGCUUGCGCCGAUCGACCAAGGACAUCCGGAAGCAGAUGAUGAAGUCGGUCUUCCGCAAGCAGACCCCUUCCGGUGAUCUGCUGGCAGGCGACAAUGCACAGCACCGAGAUGGACAACUCGUUUGA